UAGCUUUUGACCCAGAAAAAAAAACAUAGACAUAACUAAAAUGUUUUUUCUUGGUGAGUCCUGAAUUAUGUCUCCUAUGCUCUUCUCCUUGUUUUAAUGCUUUUAAGUUGUGAUUAGCGUUUUCAUUUACUUUACCAAAUUUUAGUUUUUGAUGCUAUUUAUUUUAAUCGACGUUUCUGAUCAGAACGUUUGCUUAAUUACUAUUUUCAAAUGAUUUUAUGUUCAUUCUAGAAUUGAGAUUGACCAUAUACGCUUGUAUGUGUUAUUCAAUACAAGCCUUACACUUCAUUUAUGUUGUUCAUUUUGUUUUCUUCGUCUGGUUUAGUGUUACUGACCUUAAAUCUUGUGUUGGAGUUUACAUAGUGUUUUAAAAAUCGCUUUAGACAGUAUCUAGGUGCUAGGUCCUCCAAAACUGUGGCGAUUAUCUUGUAAACCAUCUAAAAUCUAAACAAAAUGUUUGCGGUAUUUUUCUCUCUCCUCAAAACUUUUCUCCAUCCUCUCUCCUCAGAGUUCCUCCCUCUUUGACGUCUCCACCGGCUCUGGCGACCGGCGGUGGCGCGCGUGGUAGUCGGGAUCCCUCUCCUCUUCCUCUUUGUAUUUUGCUCCGUUUCUCUCAUAUUCCUCUUCUCCGUCGUCUUGAUCGGUGUUCUGGUUUGGUCCUCUGGCAUGGUUCGUUCUGUCUGCGGUUGGUGGAUCCUGGUCUGGUGUGUCGGUGCGGCGGGGUGGGCUGUGAGUGAACGGAGUCGGUUUUAAGGGUUCGGCGGCGGCGAUUGGAUGAGGUUUUCAUUUUUCUCGAUCUGGUCCUCUGCCGGCGGUGGGAGCGCGUGAACGUGGUUGUAAGGCUCCUCUUUUAAGAUCCGGUGGUCUUGCCUUCAAGCUAUCGUUUUGGAGUGGAGUGGAAGUGGUACGGUGUCGUCGGAGUUCUGUCUUUGCUUGGGGUCCAGUGAGGCGCCUCAUUCUCCAUCCGGCCAAGUCAAGUGGUACUUUGGGGCUCUUUCUUAAGGCGCGUCUGUUGUGGUUCCGGUUGCUGUAUGGUUGCCGGUCUGCGGUGGUUGUCGUGUGCGGUCGUCGGAUUGUUUCUGGGCUGGGCCGUCUAUGACCUGCGCCUAGAACUCUCCGGUAGUCGCUAUUUCUUUCUCUUCACGUUUCUCGUCGCUCUUGUGCUGUUACAUCACAUAUGCUCAGUGUGAUGCCUUCUCCUUUCCGUUUCUUCGGGGUUCUCAACGGUCUCCUCCGUUGAUGUCUCUCCGACGAGGCUUUAUAGAGCUCCCAUCGGUUCUCGGUGUGAGCGCGAGGCAAGGUUUCAAACCUCCGUUUGAGUCUCGGAGCUCUAUUUCCUUGAAGGAGACUCGCGUGUGCUGAUUGGCCAUCCCAGCUCCAUUCUCAGGUCGCUUCUAUCUCUAUAUUAUAGGUUUGGGCGAGCGGCUCAGGAUGUGGCUCUCAUCGCUCCCUGUCUUCUUGCAUCUGCUCGCAUUAUGUUCCGAAGCCGAGCAUAAUAAUUGUGAUUUUGGUGGUCUUGGGACGUCAAGCCAGAUUGGCGCUCUAGUGUGCUUGAUACAAGUGGAGGUUCUUAGCUCGGGUCUCAGGCUCCUCUACCGGUGGUGGCUGGUGGCUUGUGAUUCCUUCAGCCCGUCUAUGAAAAGCUGCGUGUGGUCGGUGUCGAUCUUUUGGAGUAGCGCUUUGGGCAAGCCGAUUUCUACCGAGCGUGGUCUCAUAUUUUAUCAAAGGCUCCGAACCCAUUUGGCAAUGCUGCAGUAUCGGCAGGUCUAUCCUUCUGCUAGUGUUUUGUGUGCUUGUGUUUAUAUGUUAAUGUUAUGUCUUUUGAUCCUCUAAUGUUGCUUCUUCUUUCUUCUUGGUGUUUAGGUUUACGGUCUUUUCUGCUACUAGUAUUCUUUGUAAUUUUUGUCAAAAACUUAAAACUUUGGUAUAAAACUUAACAUUUAGGCCAAAAAAAAUCUAAACAAAUAUAAUAUUAUAAUAAAAAUAAUUAUGAUUUAUUAUUUAUAAAUUAUAGUAAUUUAUAUAUUAUAAUAUAGAAUCUUACGUAAAUAAAAUACUAUGAAUUUUAUCAUUUUUAUAUAAUAAUAUUUAAUAUUAUAUAUUAUAUAUUUAGUUUAUUAUUAUAUUUUUUAAACGCUUAAACUAUUUAACUAAUAGUGACGUCCAAUUAAUCGUUUUAGACAGUUUUAGGUGUUAGACGUUGAGUCAUCGUCACCUAGCACCUAGCACUUUUCUUUAACUCUGGGAAUAGUUUUUUUUCAUUGUAUUUUAAAUUUUUUUUUAUCAAUACUGUAUUUUAAGUUAGUUAUUAUAUAUGAACGUGUACAUAUACUUUUCCUUGUCAUAAGGCCGAUCCCUGCUUAUUAAAACAACUUAACAAUAUUAUUUUAUGAAAAGAAGUUAAAAGAACACGAGUUAGCAAUAGCGUCGACGUGUGUUCGAGAGAUCACGAGAUGUAACAAUAAAAAGCUGCUUACUUUGCUUUACCUAACAUCUCCAUCUCAAUUUCUACAUAUUCUUUCCGUAGUUUAGUUAGUCUCUUGUUUACUCAUGUCGAAAUGUGUCUCAGCUUCUCCUACCUCCCAAGCAUUCAUAUUUACCCUCACGUAUAUAUUGAAUCCGAUAUUCUAUGGUAUAUUCCAGAAACAAUAAUCAAUCAUAGAUGUCUACUUUUAUAGCAAAGAGUCUCGGGUCCAUUGUCUCUAUUGUAGCAAGAUUUUUCUCUUUCCGACGCCGUCCUAAGUCUAAUACAAGACCCACCACACAUAUCAGCUACUUCAGGAUGUCUAAGAAACGCCCACUUUCUUUGCAGACGGUUGAUCUCAAGGUCAGGAUGUGUUGCACUGGUUGUGUCAGGAUCGUUAGGAAGGCAAUCUCAAAACUCCGGGGAGUUGAUUCAGUAGAGGUGGAGAGAGAGAUGGGAAGAGUGAGAGUGGUGGGAUACGUCGACAGAAACAAAGUGCUCAAAGCCGUGAGACGAGCCGGGAAGAGAGCUGAGUUUUGGCCAUACCCUGAGCCUCCACUUUACUUCACAUCUACUCAAAACUAUUUUGUUGAUCCCUCAAAAGAGUUUAAAGAGAGUUAUAACUAUUACAGACAUGGUUACAAUGGUACGGAACAACAUGGUAAUAUCCCCGUAGGUAGUCGUGGAGACGACAGGGUUAGUAAUAUGUUUAAUGACGAUAACGUCAAUGCAUGCAGUGUCAUGUAGCUGCUUAAAAACGACUGAAAACUUGACGCAAAACUAAAUACUAAUAGAAUAAAACAUGAGAAGUUCUUUUUUUUUUUCUAAUUUGUAUUGCAACAUUUUAUGAUGUGUAAAACAAAAUUACUGUUGUAAGAAAAAUCGAAGAUUUAAUGUGGAGUG